GAGUUGAAAUAGCUGAAAUAAACAUGUUCUGUUGCAGGUGUCGUUGCUGGUUGUUGUGGAGAUUGGAGUUUUUCCGUUGAUCUGUGGCUGGUGGCUUGACAUCUGCUCUUUGGAAAUGUUUGACGCCUCACUGAAAGACAGAGAAAUGAGUUUUAAGUCGGCACCUGGCACCACCAUGUUCCUUCACUGGCUUGUGGGAAUGGUGUACGUGUUCUACUUUGCGUCUUUCAUUCUCCUCCUAAGAGAGGUUCUGAGACCCGGAGUGCUCUGGUUUUUACGAAACCUUAAUGACCCCGACUUCAACCCGGUUCAGGAGAUGAUCCAUUUACCCAUCUACAGACACCUGCGGCGUUUCAUCCUGUCCGUGGUCGUCUUUGGCUCCAUUGUGCUGCUCAUGCUGUGGCUGCCGAUCAGGCUGAUAAAAGUGCUGAUGCCCACUUUCCUCCCAUACAACGUCAUGCUCUACAGCGACGCCCCCGUCAGUGAGCUGUCUUUGGAGCUCUUGUUACUUCAGGUUGUCCUCCCUGCCCUGUUGGAGCAAGGACACACGCGGCAGUGGCUGAAAGGGCUGGUUAGAGCCUGGACAGUCAGCGCUGGCUAUCUGCUAGAUCUCCACUCCUACCUUCUCGGUGAGCAGGAGGACAACGAUGCCAACCAGCCUGCAAACAACAACAACAAUAACAACCCUCCCCAUGCUCCCCACAACAACAACAACCCAGCACCACCUGUUGGGGAAGGACUGCAUGCAGCACAUCAGGCCAUCCUGCAGCAGGGGGGGCCAGUGGGUUUCCAGCCCUACCACCGGCCCCUUCGCUUUCCAUUUAGGAUUGUGCUUCUGAUUAUAUUCAUGUGCAUCACUCUCCUGCUGGCCAGUCUGGUGUGCUUAACUCUACCAGUAUUUACAGGCCGCUGGCUGAUGUCCUUCUGGACAGGAAGCUCUAAAAUCCAUGAGCUGUACACAGCAGCAUGUGGUCUGUACGUCUGCUGGCUCUCAGUGCGUGGAGUCACCGUUUUGUUGGCUUGGAUGCCACAGGGACGCAUCGUAAUCAUGCACAAAGUCCAGGAAUGGACACUCAUGAUCCUGAAGACCCUGGUUGUGGCUUUGCUGGUGGCUGGAGUCAUCCCUCUGCUGCUGGGGCUGCUGUUUGAGCUGGUGAUUGUGGCCCCACUCAGAGUUCCUCUAGACCAAACACCUCUGUUUUAUCCUUGGCAGGAUUGGGCUCUUGGAGUGCUCCAUGCUAAGAUCAUCGCAGCCAUCACCCUCAUGGGCCCACAGUGGUGGCUUAAGGCUGUUAUUGAGCAGGUUUAUGCAAAUGGCAUUCGCAACAUUGAUCUCCACUUUAUCAUCCGGAAACUGGCAGCUCCUGUUAUCUCAGUGCUGCUGCUGUCCCUGUGUGUGCCCUAUGUGAUUGCUGCUGGGGUGGUGCCUGCAGUUGGAGUUACCCCUGAAAUGGAGAUCCUAAUGCAGAGGAGAAUCUAUCCAUUCCUCUUGAUGGUGGUGUCGCUCAUCGGCAUCCUGUCUUUCCAGAUCAGGCAGUUUAAACGACUUUAUGAACACAUCAAGAAUGACAAGUACCUGGUUGGUCAGAGGCUUGUCAACUACGAACGGAAAUCAAGCAGAGCAAACUCGAUCCCAACCUCCAACCCCAUCGCAGAGUAACAUCAUUGUGUCCGACGUGUGCCACGUUUUUGCACCAGUUACCCUCCGUUGACCCUCGGGGUAACAGCAGAGGGUCUAAACAUCAUGUGUAUCGUCAUUCAUGCCUUGCUUUGUGAAGCGCUGCCUCAUAAAUUGUACAUGUGUAAAUACUUUGAAAGCAGACUUUGUCUUAUGAGAAAAGGAUAGUUGUGGAUUAAUGCAAUGACCAUUGUACAUCUUAAAACCUGUAUGUAUAAUUUAUUAAAUCAAAGUGACAGUUUAUCUUUUCUGUUGCAUGUUUUCAACAAGACCAGCGUUUGUGUGGUUGUUCAGCAAAGUGAGACGUCGGUGUUAAAAUUAGGAUGCAUUAUUUUAUUAUAAAUCUUAAAUAAAUUACAAAAAAAUGUACAACCUUAUUAAACUGAAGGUAUAAAUUAAAACUUAAGUUAGUUAGAAUAACAGAAAAGAGCAAUUGGCUCGGAUCUGUGAUUGGCAGAUGAAGUACUGACUUUUUUUCUUCA